AUGGCUUGGACGCCUGCCGCCUUUGUGGCGAAGGCUAUCAUUUGCACCUCCCGCCUUUCCAUCAGGGACUUGUUCCCUCCCCUCGUCACUGCAGUGAUUGCAGUGAUUAUGACUGCACUGGCUGCGAGACGAACCAUCACGUCCCGCUUGCGCUCCCGUCCCUUGUGUCAGGCGCUCUGCGCGGGCCUUGUUUUCGGCUUGGAGCUCGCGAAGUUGCUGCCCCAAAGCCCUGUUCUGGCCAAUGAGCUCGGCCAGCGUGGCACCAAUCUCCCCGUCGAACAGGCCGCUGGCGAUGUCUAG